AUGCCGGAAUCAACGGGCAUCAACGUAAAUUCCUUUUUCCCUUUUUCUCUUCCCACAGCCACACAACAGAAACGAUCGAAAUAUUGGAUAAUUUACUUUCAAAAUGCUCUUAACAAUCCAAAAAAGAAAGAGUGCACCGUCAAAUUUUCGCAACUCCAUCCAAACGCCGUUCCGUACCAAAAUGACAAUCCAAAACAACCAAAUCACAUUGUAUCACCGUUUUUGUCGAAGAAAAACAAGAUAUUGAAGACAGGCGACGAAAGUAAAGAAAAGGAAAAAAUAUCCGUGGUCGGCGCAAAGGCACCAUAG